CGGUCCGGGCCGUGACGUAGCCGUGACGUCAGGCCGCCUCAGAGCGUCGCAUCAUGUCGGCCGCUGCAGUGAAGAGGAGCCCGGGAGCGCUGGCCACGGCCUACCUGCUGCUCUACAACGUCGUCAUGACGGCAGGGUGGUUGGUGAUAGCUGUGGGUCUGGUCAGAGCGUACCUGGCCAGAGGAAGCUACCACGGCCUGUACUACUCCAUAGAGAAGCCUCUGAAGUUCUUUCAGACUGGAGCCAUUCUGGAGAUCGUUCACUGUGCUGCCGGAAUCGUUCCGUCCUCCGUGGUCCUGACUGGGUUCCAGGUCAUGUCCCGGGUCUUCCUCACCUGGGCCGUCACACACAGCGUCAGGGAGGUGCAGAGUGAGGACAGCGUGCUGCUGUUCGUCGCGGCCUGGACCGUCACGGAGAUCAUCCGCUACUCCUUCUACACCUUCAGCCUCCUCAACCACCUGCCGUACCUCAUCAAAUGGGCGAGGUACACCUUCUUCUUCGCUCUGUAUCCGAUGGGAGUGACCGGAGAGCUGCUGACCAUCUACGCAGCGCUGCCGUACGUCCAGAAGACGGGCCUCUACUCCGUCACUCUGCCCAACAAGUACAACUUCUCCUUCGACUACUACUCCUUCCUCAUCCUCGUCAUGAUCUCCUACAUCCCCCUCUUCCCCCAGCUCUACUUCCACAUGAUCCGGCAGAGGAAGAAGGUUCUGGGCCACGUGGAGGACUACAGCAAAGUGGAGUGAGCCCUGCAGAAUCCUGACGGGUCUGACGGAGGAGGAGAAGAAACCAAAACAACCGACAGAAGAGGAACAAAAUCACGUCUGCUUACAGAAACACCCGCCGGGUUUUCAGAACCGGCAGGCGAUUCUAAUUAUUGAGCAACUUUAUUUUUUUUCUCCAGCUGUUGUCCGGGUUGAUGAACGAACUGGUGUUUUAUUUGGUUUUGUAGUUGUUUUUAUUUAUGAACAAUAGUUUAGUCAGGGAGCGUGCAGCAGAACUCGGUUCGAACCGAUCGCACUGAUAGAAUCAAUAAAUAAUUUUCAUGUCACCAUAGAGAUAGAUUUCCCCCGUGGCUCAGCCUGUAGAGAGAAUAAAAACACUAGUACUGAGACUAGGUCGUAGGUUUGACAUCUUCAGUGUUUUGGUCCAGAUUUGUUUUGUCUUCUUUCAUUCAUUUCAGUCAGAAGUCUGAUUACAUUCCUGAUUAAGUUCAAUAAACCUUUUUCAUUCUGUG